AUGAAAUUGGUUGAAAUUUUAUUCGUAUUGAGUGUGGCAGCAACCGCCAAUGCAAUACUGAUACCGGCUGAUAACGAUGAUUCACCCCAAGCAUCAGGCACUUCAAGUCAAUUGUCUGGUCCAACCAAUGAACCUAAUCCAGGCACUUCCGAAUACUGGAAAAGCCUAAUGGAUAUAAUUAAUUCAAAAAACCCCAACCAAGACCAGCAAGACCCAAUUGAUAUAGUUGAUCCAAGCACUUCCAGACGAGGUCGAAAACGACCAAUCGAUGAACUGGGUCCAAGCAUUUCCGAACAAGAUUGGAAACUUAUAAUUGAUCAACCCGAUCCAGGCAUUCCGGAAGACUGGCGAGACUUGAUUGAUGCAGUCAAUUCAAAUAUUCUCAAAGACCAGCAACAAUCAAUGAGUCAGCCUAGCCCAAGCACUCUCAAACGAAGUCGAAAACGGCCGAUUGAUCAACCUAGUUCACGCACUCCCAAACGAGGUAAACAGCAGCUAAUGGGCCAAGGCAGGUCUGCUAAUACUAGUUCAAAUCAAGCAAUUGUAUUAAGCAAAGAGGAUCAGGAAACCCUUGAUGAUAUAAAGAAAAUACUUGUAGUAUCUAAAAAGAUACAAAAGAAAAAAUGGCAAGCCUAUCAUGAAAAUACAGCUCUUGCAUUCAGUAAACAGUUAGCGCUAACAAUGGGCCAAAGGAUAUCUGAAUCAAGAUACAAUCCAGAGGUUGAAAAGCAGUUGAAACAAGAGUAUAAAAAGGCAGGAACAAGAGUGUGCAAUUUAAGACAAAGAUUGAAAAGGUUUAUGAGAAAGCGUGGUUUGAAAUUUGAAGAACCGAAUUAG